CAGCGGCGGCGACGGCGGCGGCGGCUCGGGCUCCAGCGGCGCGCGCUGCGACCCCCGCUCCGGAGCUCGUGCGUCGCCCCCGGCUCGGGCCCGGGCCCCCCGCGCGGCCCCCAUGGAGCUGCUGGCGGCCGCCUUCAGCGCCGCCUGCGCUGUGGACCACGACAGCUCCACCUCGGAGAGCGACACGCGCGACUCGGCGGCGGGACACCUGCCCGGCAGCGAGUCGUCCUCCACGCCUGGCAAUGGGACCACACCCGAGGAGUGCCCGGCCCUGGCCGACAGCCCCACCACGCUCACCGAGGCCCUGCAGAGGAUCCACCCCAUCCCCGCCGAUUCCUGGAGAAACCUAAUCGAGCAAAUAGGGCUCCUGUAUCAGGAAUACCGGGACAAGUCGACCCUGCAGGAAAUCGAAACCCGCAGGCAGCAGGAUGCAGAGAUACAAGGCAAUGCCGACGGCUCCCCGGCCAGUGAGGGCAUCCCCGAGGAGGAGGAGGAAGAGGAGGACGAGGAGCCCGCCAGCCCGCCCGAGAGGAGGACCCUGCCCCAGAUCUGCCUGCUCAGUAAUCCCCACUCGCGGUUCAACCUGUGGCAGGACCUGCCCGAGAUCCGGAGUAGCGGCGUGCUGGAGAUGCUGCAGCCCGAGGAGAUCAAACUGCAGGAGGCCAUGUUCGAGCUGGUUACCUCCGAGGCUUCCUAUUACAAAAGCCUGAACCUGCUGGUCUCCCACUUCAUGGAGAACGAGCGACUGAAGAAGAUCCUGCACCCCUCUGAGGCGCACAUCCUCUUCUCCAAUGUGCUGGACGUCAUGGCCGUCAGCGAGCGGUUCCUGCUGGAACUAGAGCAUCGCAUGGAGGAGAACAUCGUGCUGUCGGAUGUGUGCGACAUCGUGCACCGCUACGCCGCCGACCCCUUCUCUGUCUACAUAACCUACGUCAGCAACCAGACCUACCAGGAAAGAACCUACAAGCAGCUGCUGCAGGAGAAGGCCGCGUUCCGGGAGCUGAUAGCGCAGCUGGAGCUGGACCCCAAAUGCAAGGGGCUGCCCUUCUCUUCCUUUCUCAUCCUGCCCUUCCAGAGGAUCACGCGCCUCAAGCUGCUGGUCCAGAACAUCCUGAAGCGGGUGGAGGAGCGCUCAGAGCGGGAGUCCACAGCCCUGGAGGCCCACAAGGAGCUGGAGCUGGUGGUGAAGGCGUGUAACGAGGGUGUCCGCAAGAUGAGCCGCACGGAGCAGAUGAUCAGCAUCCAGAAGAAGAUGGAGUUUAAGAUCAAGUCCGUGCCCAUCAUCUCGCAUUCGCGCUGGCUGCUGAAGCAGGGGGAGCUGCAGCAGAUGUCGGGCCCCAAGACCUCCCGCACCCUGCGGACCAAGAAGCUCUUCCAAGAAAUAUACCUCUUUCUCUUCAACGACCUGCUGGUCAUCUGCCGACAGAUCCCAGGAGACAAGUACCAGGUAUUUGAUUCGGCCCCGCGAGGCCUGCUGCGGGUGGAGGAGCUGGAGGACCAGGGCCAGACACUAGCCAACGUGUUCAUCCUGCGGCUGCUGGAGAACGCUGACGAUCGUGAGGCCACCUACAUGCUGAAGGCAUCUUCCCAGAGCGAGAUGAGGCGCUGGAUGACAUCCCUGGCCCCCAACAGGAGGACCAAAUUUGUCUCCUUCACAUCACGGUUGCUGGACUGCCCGCAGGUCCAGUGCGUGCACCCGUACGUGGCCCAGCAGCCGGACGAGCUGACACUGGAUCUGGCAGACAUCCUAAACGUCCUGGAUAAGACGGAAGACGGGUGGAUCUUUGGUGAGCGCCUGCAUGACCAGGAGAGAGGCUGGUUCCCCAGCUCCAUGACUGAGGAGAUUCUGAACCCCAAGAUCCGCUCCCAGAACCUCAAGGAGUGCUUCCGGGUUCACAAGAUGGACGACCCCCAGCGCAGCCAGAAUAAGGACCGCAGGAAGCUGGGCAGCCGGAACCGGCAAUGACC